AUGACUGCAUCCGCUGACGACGUCACCGUCUGCCUGUCCAGCCGUCAAAUUGUCGAUUCUUUCCAUCACAGCGAAAAGGAUGACCAUAUUCCUGCCGCUCCUCUCUCGGCGAGUACCAAAUUGCACUGGCUAAGUUUCCUCAAACAACAAACUCGACGAGUCAGUCUGGGAGAGAGGAUGUUUAAUAGUGCGCAGAGAAGGACUGGGUUUGUCACACCAGCUGAGCCGCAAGCGGGUUUAAAGCUGACAUUCCUAAGUCGCAUGAUAGCCGGGAACCCGGUAUGGGGGCCAUGCGCUUUAGAUGGUUUUCGAGGGCUCAGGGAAGGCUCCCUGCACUGUACCGCAGAAGCGCGUCGCAGACCCACCAGAGAAACCACUUUCCUCCACGAGUACCAAAUUGCACUGGCUAAGAUUCCUCAGACAACAAAGAGAAAGAGAAAGAUACUUUACCAUAGCCUAGCAAAAGAAGCUGCCCGUGAUCCCCUUUGCCAGCCCCUUGACCUGUUGGAGGAAAACCUACGGUCCCAUUGGUACUUGACCCCAGCUACUGAAUUAUACACCAGCUCCGAGUUCUCCCUGACCUGGUGCCUGACACGAGAUGCAUUGCCAGUCAACGGCAUCAACUCCCCCAACUGGUUGUAUGUGCUCUCCCUACUUGCCUUCUAUCUGAUUAAUGCGCUUACCAAGUUCCCUUCCAUUGAUUGUACGGGCUUCUCCUUAUUGUCUAUUGCUUUUUCUAUCAGUCCCUCUAUUUGCCUUGCUUCUGUUAUGUGCCUUCAUGCAUUUGCCUCCCAUCUAGUAUAUGGGAACCUCUCGUUGAACCUCCACGAUUUCCGUGUUGGGUUUUUUUAUUGA